UGGUGUGAAUGGAAGUGAAUACUGCGUGAAAAUGUAAAUAAGCAAAGCUCGCUGACUGCUCUAAUGAAUGAGCGCACCUGUCAGUAUCGCUCACUCGCAGUCAGAUAAGAGCGGAAGAACAAACAGUGAAAAAGGAGAUCCGCCGCGUUUGCAGUGUCGGCUAAAAGUUGCGGCGCAGGGAGUGGUGCUCAGCUCAGCUCAGCUCAGCACUCGCAAUCCGCAGUGUGCGGCUGGCAAGGCUAGGAUACGGAAUCGAAGGUGGGCACGGUCACGUGUCAUCAGGUCUGACCAAUCGGCACUGUGCGCCAAAGGUUGUGGACCUGAAGAAUAAUAAUUUCUGACACAUGUGUAUAGCAGCUGUAUUUUGAUUCAAAUGAUCGUGACAAAUCUUUGCGCCAUUAUCAGUUGAAAAGAGCUUGUUAUGUCCUCAAAAAAGGCCAGAUAAAUUAAAGGUAUCACUACGUGAUGAGAUUGUAUGGCUUAUUGCUCAGCUUGUUUGGCUACCAUGAGGACCCCACGCAUUCUUCGCCUGCUGGUUUUGGCGUUUGUGUCCAUAUUUCUCUUACUUGUUUAUAGGAAUUUCCUGAUAGGGGAAAGCCACGCACCUCUCACCACAGCCCAAAAAAAUGAACUCCUGAAAGAAGCUGAGGCUGACAUGAACAAGAGAAGAGUGCUAAUUGAAAGGGUCUGCACUAAGUACAAUUUGGGCUUGUACCGAAAUUCGGCCGAGCCACAGCUUUUCAAACACCCUCCAACUCCCCAAUACAGCGUUUUCUACAUUGACAAGCAGCACAAAAUGAGUUAUUGUCCCAUUUACAAAGCGGCUUCAACUACCUGGCUUCACCAAAUGCUGAUUUUGUCUGGUCGAUCAGAGCAAUCAAUCAAAAGCAAAUUGAAAGUGCAGCAGCUGAGCGAGCAAGCGAGAGAGGUAUACCCAGUUGAGGAUAGCGAUCAAGUGGAGGAGGCGCUGAGGACGUACUUGAAAUUAGUGAUUGUGCGCCACCCCUUUGAAAGGCUGCUCUCUGCGUACAGAGACAAACUUGAAAAUAUAAACGUCGGCCUGGAGCAUGGUGUCGAGUACUUUUACAAAAGCCACGGAAGAAAAAUCGUUAAAAAAUACAGAAACGAAACAAGCAGCAGACUUGAACCUACUUUUAGGGAAUUUGUGUCUUAUCUCAUCAAGGAAGACCCAAUCAGAUUCGAUGACCACUGGAUCCCAUUUUACCUCUUCUGCACACCGUGCCUUGUACGAUACGAUGUCAUUGCCCACGUGGAGACGCUCUUCAGAGACCAGCUCUACAUCAUCCGAGUAGCCGACUUGGAAGAUGAGAUCAGUCCGCUGUGGGCCCAUUUGACGAAGGGCCAGAGGUCUGCUGGGGAGACAGCGAAACGAUACUUUAGUCAAUUGAACAGAUGGCAGGUCCAACAGUUGUUUGAGAAGUACAGACUGGAUUUUGAGCUUUUUGGCUACUCACAUGACGAAUACCUCAGCUUUGCUGAAAAAUGAGAGCUGGUGAGUGUGAAAGUAAACCUAAAAAACGUCCUUACCUAUAUCAGGAAUAUUUAUUCCUAUGCCAGCUUUGCUCUCAUGGGUAAAGUCUUUACAAGAUGUUUGCCAGGUAUUGUUUUAUAUAAUUUUGACAACUUUUUAUUAAAUUAAAUGUAUUGACCUAUGGUGAGAAUAAACAACAAUAAUUUAAAAGGGUGUGAUAAGCCUUGAAAAAAACUCUUGAGCUUUUAACAUUUCAAAUUUAUUUUGGUUUAGCAUGAACUGACAUGGAGUCAGUAUUUCACUGACAGUAUCUUAAAAGUAAAACAACGUUCGACUAGAGUGUAGGAUGCGAGUUCUGUUUGAGCAUUUGAUAAUGCUCGAGAUUUCUGAGAAAUUAAACAAACGCAAAAAUUAAUG